AAGUAGCAACAAGUGUAAACACGUCGUUUCGCUAUCCAAUCGGACGAGCCAGCGUGGCGCAGAGGCAAAUCUUCUGAUAAGAUUCGAACGAAUUAAUCAGUCAACGCAAAAAUCAGCUGCUUCGGCAGUUGAAGGCCGAACAUUCUCCGCAGUCAUCAAACUGCACCCGAACAGACAAUAAAGGCUCGAUAGUGGUCUAGACCCCCUAACUUAGUCAGAGCUUUUGUUUGCAUUAUUAGAUAUUGCCGCUCUAUAAAAAUUCCGAUACCCAUCGGAAGGUGGCCACUUAUCAACCAGGGCUUGUGGAAUACCGACCAGCAGCGGAAGUAGCUUCGGAAACGCCAUGAACCAAAUCGAGUUCGACGCCGGUCCGUACGAGGAAGAAUCGGAGCAGGACUUUGGUCGGUUCAAGUUCAACGCCCGAUUUCAAGAGUACAACGGACUUCGCAGCCGCUUGAUGACCUUCGACGCCGUGGCCCAGUGGAGUGGACCCAAGGUGAGCCUGCUGGCGGAGGCUGGAUUCUUCUACACCGGCGUGCGGGACGUGGUCGCGUGCUUCUACUGUGGGCUGCGGUUGGCCGAGUGGAAGCAGAGCGAGAGUCCCUGGUGGAUGCAUGCCUUGUACGUGCCGGAAGACGGUUGCGACUAUCUGAGCCACAUGAAGGGUAAGCGGUACGCGGAAAGUCGAGGACGGCGGCCGAGUUUGGCGGAACCGCAGUGGUGCUUCGAUGCGGACAGGAACGACGACGGGGAUUGGGUUCCCUGUGCGGACAAGCUGGCUUGCGCGCUGUGCCUGUGGGAGGAGUGGAUGACGCCGGCUGGACUGAACUGAUUAGAGUGGAAUGAGUGAUAACAGAUCAUUAGGAUAGUUUGUAGUUGUUUUUUAGUAUUUUAGAACCGUAGAUAACAAGAAAUAAAAGUUUGAAACGACUUCGCUAAUUGAAA